GCUUCUCUAUCAAACAUCUGAAUAUGUGAAGAUGACGGCAUAGAUUAUUGAUCUGAUGUCAAGCUACGUUUCAAUGUUCGUGGUGCCGCUUGCCUAUGAACUAUUACCGAUCUCUUGCAUAUCCAAAAAGUUCCGAGAACUGUAUUUAAGUCGACUAAGACACUAGGUAGGGGUUAGCUGUCUUUCAACUUUAGACCUCAUCCUACAACAACCAAAACUACAAACUAUUGCCACCAAAAUACCUACCAAAUUCCUAAAGUCUUGUCAUAACUAUACCAAUUGAUCAAAAUGUCGUCUGCAUCAAACGAAGGCCGUCAGUCACCUCCCCCUGAGCGUCAGACCGGCCCUCAACUCAAGGACACACCCGGCUCCGGUCAAGGCACUGACGAAGCACCCAAUAAGAAGGAAUCUCUCCAGGAUCAACUCAAGAACUUGACCUCGAAUCCUAGAGGACCCCUCGAGGAUGCGGUAGAAGAGAAAUUCGCCAAAUCUGCGAAACCGUCGUAAACAGUUAGAAUUUCUGUCUGGGUAGUUAGAAGGGUACUAGAAAAGUAAUAUGUCAUUUCCUAAGGGGGUACAGGGUUAAGUAUGAUACACUCAGGCAUGUGUACAGCUAGAUAGCUGAUGAUUAGACGGAUGAAUUCAAUUUAAAUAAUUAUCACCA